CUCAAAUAAAAUUCCCGAUUGUCAUGAUGCGUUCUCAGCUGAUUUUGGUGGCCUUAUGGCUCUUCUCUGCUCAUUGUGGGGGAAUGAUCAAUCAAUCACUCACAAUCAAGAGAUGUCAGGAAUCACUCGACGUACCUCCUAUCCGUCAUGAGGAUACAAAUUUAUAUGAUGGACUAGAGCCGUCCUCCUAUGAGAACCACCGAAUCAGUGACUCUAAAAAACUCUUAAGUCCUAAAUCUGAAGAACAUACGGGCCCCAACCUUCAAGACUUUAAAUUCAACCCUAGAAAGAGACCAACGCCUCCAACGCCUGUUUAUGAAGUAAAUGUCUAUGGAGCUAGACCUGCCGGGAUAAAAACCACAAAAGGGAAACAGCCUUCGCUCUUUGACAAUGAUGAUUAUGAUUUUCACAAACGUUACGAACGGUCGCAGCUCCUAAGUCCAGAGACAAAAUCAGCCAUCGCCCUUCAAAGACUGAUCGACGAGUUGGGCAAGGAAAAGCCCUUGACUCCAGAACUGGUCUCCAAGUUGGAAGAGAAUUGGGGGGAAAAUUUUGAGGAGGUCAUUCAGCUUUACAAAAAUUGGGAUUUGCUUUCGUCCAUAGAAUCCAAGACCAACGGGGAGUUUUACUUGAUAAGCGUGACUCGUGAAACAAAGAAAGACGCAAAGACACGGGAGGCUAGAAAGGUUGUCGAGGACACUCAGUCGAAACUUGAGAUUCUCGUACAAUUGCGAAGCCUGAAGCUUGGGGAAGCCGAUUCAACUGGUUUGUAUUGGAAACUGAUGAAAAAUUUACUUCCGGCCCUCCAUGAGCAACCCACGGCUCUUUCAGAUAAUAAACAUUUUCAAUUGGAAGCUGAGAAACAAUUGCAAAAUCUGGGCGCGUCGAUUUUGAAUGAAGUCAAGAAGCUGAUGACCGACGAGCUGAGAACUGAGCUUGAGCAACAUACGCUUCCUUCACGGAUGCUAGUCCUUCCGUGGAAAUACGCGUUCACAGUAGUUGAUUUAUUGCACGAGAACGGUUUCCUUGAUGAAAAGGAGCUCCAAAGCUUCUUACGAGAAGAGGAAAUAGCAAAGCAAGUAAUCUUCUACAGCAAUGAGCUUUUCGCGCACGAGUCGUUUCCAGCCGACUUACCUGGCCAAACGCCUUGGGAGCACCUGAACGAGUCUUUCAAGGCCCUUGAUGCGAAAGCCAGAGAUAGUCAAGAGAAAUCUUCAGCCGAGAAGCCAAAGGGGUUUCAGUCGGAAGUCGCAGCACCUCUGGAUGAUGUAGACAAACUUGGGAUCAGAAUUUUCGUCGAGCGACGCAUCGCUCGUGAACAAGUGCUCUGGAGACCCCAUGAGAUCUCCCAGAUCCUGUUCUCUCCUUACCUUGAGGAACCUCUCUAUGAGAGGGUGAUACUUGGAAUUGAAAUGGGAUUGAAGGAAAACAAGUGGCAAAGCCCAUUUCGCCAGAGUGUUGGGGUACUUACUCUACAUCCUAGCGAUUACGAAAAGAGUCUGCGUAGCGCAGAAGAAGCCAUUCAGACAGCAACCAAAGCACUGCGAUAUGAUAUCCAAAACAGAGUUGGAAGUGUAUUCGACACUGAGUUCUGGGCGAUCGAACAAAGAAUUGAACAUCGAUUGAAUGAACGCCCGUUGAAAAAAAUCUGAAACCGAAGCGUCAAAUUAUGUAGUUUAGGCACACGAUAUGUAUGGGAAUGGCGGAAUUUUUUAACUACGUGGCCAAUCUCGCAAGCUUCUUACUACCCCAAGAUGUCAAAA